AGGGCAUUGGGAAUGAGAUUAUUAAAUAUGGCGGACGCGAACGAGUUGUAAUUGCCUUGGAUAGAUUGUUAAAUGGACAAUGAGCGAAGAUACAGAGGAUAGAAUUCUCUGCAUGCAGCAUUGUACUAAUCAAAUGAAUAUUUUCUUCUCAAAGUUUCCGGAGACAUGUCCACUGUGUGGUAAAUCACUGAAAGGUUGUUCUCUGAUAAUUCCGCCUUUCCGUGUUCCAAGUCCAUUUUUGUCACAAAAUGACAGUUCGUGCUCUUUUGUGGUGAAGCCGACGAGGGGCUCUUUCUUGAGAGAAUAUAAAAGUGGAGAUAAUCUUCAUGUUGGAAUUACCUCCUCAAAUGGAAUGGUUUAUAAUUUUGAUGAACUUGGGCUUCAUGCAGAUAGAACUGGCUGGGAACAGUGUCUUGUUGUAGGCAUAACUGAAAUUAAAGAUUUUACUUCAGAGCUUUGGGACUCCAGACUAAAACAGAUGUAUAGCAGUAGUCUAUGGACUCCAGAAGAGUAUGAUGAACACAACAAUAAUUGCUAUGAUUUUGCUCUUGGCUUCCUGAAUCAGUUUUUGCCAACAAAUAUGGAACCCUUCAAAAAGCUGGAUUUUUGUAAAAAUUAUAUUCUCCCAUGGACUAUAAGAGCUGCUCAGUAUAUUGAUUUGUUUAGACGAGUGCAAGAUGCUGGUGGAGUUGCUGUGGAAAGGUGUCGGAGAUGAUGUCUAUAUUGUGAUACUUAUGAAUUUAUCAGGGCAAAUGGAGGAAUUAUUGAAUCAUUAAACAAAUGUUCUUCAUGUCAGUCUGA